CUAGAAAAAGGCCUCUCUUUGCUGGGGUACCAUCUGUGCAACUACACCCUGACCAGGAGUGUGAUUAAAAUGGUUGCCUACCAAAAGUCCUACGAGAAGAACAGCUCCUGUGGAGGGUGGAUCCCGUGGAUGGUGUGUCCCCAGACCCACCACAGAACAGAGUUCCACAGCGUCCACGUCCCUGAGACCAUCACCCUCACAGAUUGCUGUGAGGGAUACGAACAACUUGGACUCUACUGCUCCCUGGGAUAUUCAGCCUCAGUGCUUGCACCCCUGAGCACCGAGUGCUGUGUGGGUGCUGUGGGUCCAGCAAAGCCUCCUUGGCUCCUUCUCCUUGGCUCCUUGUCCUUGGCAUAUGGCAAAGGAGGCCCUGGCCGGUGGCUGCUCCUGGGCCCCUCACAUUUGCCAAGUUCAGCGUUGCUCUGUUUCCUCAGAGCCUCCCUGAAGCUCUGUCACCUUCUGCAGCCCCAGAGCUCAGGUGGACUUGGCUGUUUUAUUUCCUACGCUGCAGGGAGGAUGUUCUGGUACAAUGUGACGGUGCUGGUGAAAAUGGAUUUUCAGGAGUUAAUCCGGGUGGAUUCCCACCUUCUGAACCAUUCCCGCCUUUUGCACUCCCUGAUCACUGGUGCACUGCAGCCCCGGAAUGCCUCUGUGCACCACAUCCAGAGCCACCCUGGGGACAUCUACGCUGGGACAGUGGCCUCCCAGCUCCUCCUGGGCAUGCACCAAGCAGCUCCUCUGGCAGAGGUGUCCUCCUCCCUGCGGGCCAUGGUGAAGCGUGUGUAUGAAGUGGUUGAUGCAGAGGUGCAAGAUGUCAAUGAAUGCUCCUAUGCUGAAUUCAAUGCUUGCCCUGAGAAAAGCAGCUGUGUAAACCUGGAGGGUUAUUACAGCUGCCACCCUCAGCAUGAACGUGCCACUGUCAUCCCUCACGGGCUGAGCCCAAGGAAGGAAGGCAUUGUAGGAUCUACUCCAAGUUCAGUAAAUGCUGUUAACACUGGCAGUAUCUCUCCUUCUGUAAGGGAAUCAAGUCUCUUAUCCAUAACCAACCAAUCUACAGAUGCUGGGUGCUAUCCCUCUGCAUUUACAAACCAUCGAAUCCUCAGCGUUACCAGCCACAGCUUUGAAAUGUCCUGGCUUGUCAGCUCCACUCUGAACCACACUUUCCAAGUCCACGUGUCCAAGGGCAAUGAAACCGUACAAAACCUGAAGACAGAGGAAAUGCAAAUGCUUGUGUCUCACCUGGAAGCAGGUGUGAUGUAUUCAGUAGAGAUCAGCUAUGAGACUUGUGGAAAAACUAUUAUCUCCCAUCAAAAUGUUAAAACAGAGGCCAAGAUAUUUGGUGUUACUAUGAGGAUUCUCAACUACAACUUCACUGAUGAUUUCCAUAAUUCCAGCAGCUCAGCAUAUGAGGAAUUUUCAAGACUAUUACUUACAGAGCUUGAAAAUUCAUUUCCACCCAACAUUUCUGCCUUGUACAAAUCUGGGAAGCUGAAAGUGCAGAUUGAAUCCCUGGCAGCAGGCAGUGUCAUUGUGAGGCUCAGAAUCACCGUGCAGGAUCCUGAGUUUCCAGUGGAUGCCUCCACAUUUGCCCCAGUGCUUUCCUACCUGCACAAUGGCUCCGUGCUUGUGGUGGAUCAGCAAAACACUGCAGUAGAAGACUGGGAUGAAUGUGCUUCCCAAGCUGAGAACGACUGCUCUGUGUUUGCAGAGUGUAUCAAUCUGAUGGGCUCCUACAUGUGCAGGUGCAAGACAACCAUGGACACCAAUCCCUCCCGACCUGGAAGAAACUGUGAGGGUGAAAUUGUGGAUGCUCUCGCUGAAACCAUGGCUCCUGAAAGAAGAACAAGCACAGACUUUGCUCUUGAAGAGAGAAGCCCUGCAGGCACUGCUCCUGCUGCCACCAUCCAGACGGCGGCUGCUGCCGGCUCCGGCUUGAGCACCGUCACACUCUUCCCUGCCAUGCCAGCCCUGGGUGACAAACAAGCAUCCCACAGCCCCGCCAUGGCUCCUCUGAGCCCUUGGGAGAAAGCUGUGGCCCCACAGCAGGGUUCCAGCAGGGCCAGCAGCCCCAGGGCCACGGCGGUCACCCCUGCGGGUGCAGAAGCCACAAGGCCAUGGCAGCAAAGCUCCUUGGCCAAGGCUGCUCUCCCCACCCUGGGCACAGCAAGGGAAGAGCAGCUCGCUCCAGUUUGGCUCUUUCCAAACCAAACAGCCUCGGCUGCCACCAGGACUGGCACUGCUGCUGCCGUGCCCCACACCGGCUCUGGAGGCGGCCCUGGCACAGCUCUGCUGCCCAUGGGGAAGGCUGGCAGUGCCACCCUCAGUGCCGCUCCGGGAGCAGAUGGAGAGGUGGCAGGGGACAACAGCUCCUGGCCUGAGGGACACCCUGGAGCUCUGGGGACACCAGCCUUGCCAGGGACCUCCCCUGCACCCAGCCUGACCCACACCUUCCAGAAUCUUAGUGGCACAGUUCGGAUAACAAACAUGGGAUACUCUCCAGGCUUUGGCAAUGCAAGCAGUGAGGAGUAUCAGACCUUUGCACAGCUCUUUGUUGAUGAAGUGCAUAAAUCUGUGCCCCCUGAGGUGCUCCAGCAGAUGGAUGCUGGUCUGAUUCAAGUGCUGGUGACGGGUGUAACUAACAGGAGCACGGUGAUGAGUUUCAGUUUGCUGCUGGCAGAAGAAUUGGAUGUCCAUCGUGUCAUCACCACUUUUUGUGAGGCCUUGGAAAACAGUUCCUUCCUCACCAUCGACAGGAGCAGCCUCUCCAUACACGCACUUCCCUUCAGCCAGAAGGCAACAGUGACGGAUAAGGAACGUGUGCAGAGCACAAUUUUACCUGUGACAUCUUUGCAAACUCCAGCACGUGUUUGCUUACUGGGCUCCUCUCCUGCUGAGCACAAAGCUCUGGAGGACACCAUGCUCUCCAGCACGGUGCUGACUCCUCUCACCACAGAUCCCAUGGCAGCUCCUGAUGUUUCUCCUCCAGCAUCUCCAGCCCCCCUCGUCAAACCCACCCAAGAAGUUUCCAUUAAGGACGCAGUGAGUGUGUUCUGUGAAAUUGAGAGGAUCGUCCUCGCCAUCCAGAGGAGAUUCCUGCAGCAGGAGUCUAUCCCAGAGAGCUCCCUGUUCCUGGGGGAGCCUGGCUGCAAUGUGAGCACCAGCAAUGGCACCCACGUGGUGCUGCAGGCGGGCUGGAGCGACUGUGGCACCCAAGUUGAGACCAACACGACCACUACCGUGGUGAAAACCACCCUUCGGAAUGCUGCUUCUGCUCAGGGAAUAAUCCACCACUUGAACGUUGCCAGUCCCAUCCUCUGUGUGUUUCAAAACAAUGUCUUGACUUCCUCGGGGUACACUGCAGAAGGACUUUACACCAUCUUUGAGGAUUUGCACGGAUCUGGACACUUCAGAACAGAAAUGCAGCUGUUUAUUGGAAACUCCCCAAUCCCCCAGAAUUUCAGUGUCUCUGCCAGUGAGGAUGUGCUGAUUGAAGUGGGGAUGCAGAGGGCAGACAGCAAGCUCAAGGUGGUUCUCACUGACUGCUGGGCCACUCCAACCAAUAAUUCAGUGGAUCCCCUGUCAUAUGUUUUUAUCAGCAACAGCUGUCCCAUCCCAAACACUUACACCACGCUGCUGGAAAAUGGGAACUCGAGCAAAGCUCAGUUUAAGAUGAAAAUUUUUUCCUUUGUCAACAACUCUGUGGUUUACUUACACUGCAGAAUUCGUAUUUGUAUGGAGGCACCAGGAAGCACCUGCAGAACUAGAUGCCACACGAGGGCUCGACUCCUGAAGGCUGGAGAAACCAUGGCCCUGCACAGAACAUCCUGGGGACCCCUGUGGAAAUCAGCUGCAUCUGAUUUGAAGAGAGAGAAGAAGGCUGGAAUGGGAAUCGGACACAUCAUCCUCAUAGCCCUUGCUGUGUUUGGUUUUGUGCUGGGAGUUGUGACCCUUCUCAUUUUCCAGUACCAGCGAAAGACAGGAAGAUACAACCUCAGGAUCAAGUCUGACAACUUCAGCUACCAAGUGUUCUAUGAUUAGUGAGUCACAGGUUACCUCAUUGGGAUCAUAUCUCAUCACAUGAAGAACUGAAGUUUGUCUUCAUUCAACAUUUGGCUUUCCUUGCUCUACACAACACUGACUCUUUCAAAUUAAUAUAAUAUAUAAAAGGCUUCUAUACCCCCUUUCUCCCCUCCACCUCUUUUUUCUUAGCAAUCUGGCUCUUCCCUGGUGUCCUAAGAAUGCUUUAUGACAAUAGCUCCAGGUUGAAGGGAAUUUUGGCAGUUUUUCCGUAGUUUUUCUAUUUCCAAAAUAGAAGGGAAGAAAACAAAGAUAUCUGGCUCUCUCUUCCAGUUCCAAGAUCUGGUUUUGUCCCUGUGACAUAUCACUAUGUGCUCAUCUUAGCAUCACUGUGCCAUUAGUAUUGACAAGCUGCAUGUUUCCAUUGAUAUUCAAGGAAAUAAAUCAGCAAACCCUCAGAGAGAUCUCUUUUUCAGUUUGUAAUUUGCUGUUUACUCAGGGUGAGGUUGAAACUUUGAGCUGCAACAGUGUUGAAGACCUAAUUGUGCAACGCCUUAAGUAUACAGAAGCUGGGGAACAAGCAUUGGAUUUGCCACCAAGAAAGGAAAAAACACUGUGGAUCUAGGGCUUAACAUACUCAGGGUGUUCUUCAGCAUGAGUUUUAAAAUUUGAUUCAUUCUGUAAUCAACAAGAAUUCAGUGGAAAAGAAAGAAGGAAGGAAGGAAGGAAGGAAGGAAGGAAGGAAGGAAGGAAGGAAGGAAGGA